GAUUUAAUAUUGAUCAGUCUUUUCAAAGGCCUGAAGUUUCUGUUACAAAUCAUGAUGAAUACAUGUGGGGGCCAGGGGACACUGCUAACAGGGGUUGGUGCAGCAGAAUCAGUCUGGGGGGCAGAUGGGUGCGCCUUCUGUGCAACAGCCUGUGUAUGAGUGUGGUGUGCGUGGUCCCUCCUUCCCUCCGGUGGCUGGUACUCCUCUCUUAUCUUUGUUUCCCCAGAUGGACACCCAGGAGCGGCUUCAAUCCAGUGUUGGUGGAGCGGUGGUGCCGGCAGCGGGACAGGUCCCAGUGGACGGGGCAGGAGCAUCGUCGGCGGGGCAGCUGCAGCCUGUGGAGGGUAGAGGCAGAGCCCCAAAAAAGAUCUGGAUAGUCGGCCACUCCUUUGUUCAUUGGGCAUCGUUAAGGGCUUUAGCCUCCCGGGCGUCCAUCAGAUGGCUAGGGCAUAGAGGGCUAUGCUGGCAGGAAUUUCCAGGGCUUAUCCAGGAGGCUCACCGGAGGUGGGGUCAUACAGACAUUGUGGUUCUACAUCUUGGGGGCAAUGACCUAGAAGCAUUGCCUACCCUUGAGUUGAUCAGUAUCAUGGGGGCGGACAUUAGGUGGCUACACGCCUGGUUGCCUGGGCUGAAAGUGGGGUGGUCCUGUGUCAUUCCGAGAUUGCAUUGGAGGCACGUGGAGAGUCACAAGGCAGCAUUUGGGGUCCGCAAGAAGUUGAAUAGGGAUAUAGGCAAGGUUGUUUCGGAAUUAGGAGCUUUUGUUGUGAGGCACUCCAACAUCUCGUCCGGGGAUAAGAGCCUGUAUUGAAAGGACGGGGUUCAUUUGACAGAGGAAGGGCUAGAUAGGUUCAUUUCCAAUAUAGCUAAGGCCUUAGGUUCAGUAAUUUAGAAAUAGGUAACCAAAUGUAGUGUUUCCUGCAGUUAGGGUUGGCGGCAAGAAUAGGUUGAUUGGUAUUCUUGUGGCUGGCGGUAGCAUCCCGGGCGGCAGAUAGAAAGCGGGGAGGAGUGACGGCCAUUGCAGGAGGUGUGACGUACCCAGGCGCGUGCUUGGGGAAAGCACCUCCUGGGUUGCGGAGGGCCGAACAGCUCGAGUAUGUAACCUUCUAUCUGGUACCGCGUUGUAGCCGGGCUCCGCUUUGUCUCCGUUUGCCUGGGGGGCUGCUUCCCGCUUCAUAUGGGUUAUUUAGGUUUAGUCAUUGCCGCUCAACUGUUUAAGUAAAGUUAAGUCUUAAUUAUAGUCAUUUACCGUACUGGGUAAAUGAAAAGUUUAAAGUUUGGAGAAGGCCUUGAUGCUUUAAAUUAAAUCAGUCAAGGAGUGCCUUGCGUUAAUAAAAUUGACCUAUAUGGUCUUAACCUCCA